CAUAUUUACCUUUUUUGCCCGACAAGUGAAAUCACUUCACUUUCCACCAACAACAAGUUCCCAAUUUUUUUUUUAUGAAAUUCUGGAAAAAGUCGAAAAGUUUUAUACAAAAUCUAUUUACAAACAUGGACACUGAUGAACUGGAACCCAUGGACAUGCUAGCAUAUAUAACUGAGGAGCUACAGGGACGUUAUAAGGCGGCCAAAGAUGUAGCAGCACAGGCACAAGUUUUUCAAGAUUUUCUCAGGCGCUGGGAAGCAGAUAGUGCUUUGGAUGUGUUAAGAAAACAAAAUUAUAAAAUACAAAAAGAUCUUGAUUGGUUUAAUGUGAGUCAGCCCUUGACCUUGGAGGGUUUAAGGGGAAAGUUGGUGGUUUUGGAUUUUUUUACUUAUUGUUGCAUCAACUGUAUGCACAUAUUACCCGAGUUGAAUGCUUUAGAGAAAUUAUACCCCAUUGAUCGUGGGCUGGUGGUGGUUGGUGUCCACAGUCCCAAGUUUGAAAAUGAAAAAGAUGCUGCCAAUAUUUUAUCAGCUGCUCAACGUUAUGGUAUUGAACAUCCUAUAGUUAAUGAUCCACGCAUGACUUUGUGGCGUGCCAUUGGCAUACGCUGUUGGCCCACCUUGAUGGUUUUGGCUCCUAGUGGAGCUCCCUUGCUAAUGUUAAUGGGUGAAGGCCAUGCCUUAUUUUUGGAACGUUUCACGGAACAGGCAUUAAGAUUCUUUGCACAAAAGCAAGAGCUUAAAGACUUCACUUUACCCCUAAAACCUUCUUUAGAUCUGUUGCCUGCCUCUAAAUUGAGAUUCCCCGCCAAAAUAGCACGCAGUGAAGAGGGCAAUUUUGCCGUAGCUGAUGCCGGCAACAAUCGUAUAUUGGUUUUUAAGCCUAAUGGCGAUGUGCUGCAAAAAAUCGGUAGCGGUGUAGCAGGCUUGGCAGAUGGUGAUUUGGAGACCUGCCGUUUCAAUUGUCCCCAAGGUGUCGUAUUUCUCAACAAAGACACUCUAAUAGUGGCCGAUACCGAAAAUCAUGCCAUACGUCAAGUCACUUUAAGCUGUAAAUCAGUCGAAACCCUAGCUGGUACUGGACAGCAAGGACAUGAUCGCCUGGGCGGUAAAAUUGGUCCGCUGCAACAGAUAUCCUCUCCCUGGGAUGUAGCUGUUUUUAGGACACGAGAUAUGGAUAUGUCUUUUCAUUUGGACGAACAAAAUGUACCUGAGAAAACCAUUAUUAUCAUUUCAAUGGCUGGUACUCAUCAAAUAUGGGGCUACUUUCCGGAAGGCAUGAUUUGGUGGAAAUUCAAAAAGUUCGAACCACGUACUUGUGUUUCUGUGAUUGGCAAUGGAAUGGAGGAGAAUCGUAACAAUUCAUAUCCACAAAAUGCUGCAUUUGCGCAGCCUUCGGGAUUGGCUAUGGCCAAGAACUUUUUGUAUAUUGCGGACAGUGAGAGUUCGAGUAUACGCAAGGCAUCCAUGGUGGAUGGUAAAGUUUUGGCUGUUGUGGGAGGAGAUCGUAAUCCACAGAAUCUGUUUGCUUUCGGUGAUGUCGAUGGUAAACAAUAUGCAGCUAAACUCCAGCAUCCUUUGGGACUUACUUAUAAUCAUAUUAAUGGAAAGGUUUAUGUCGCCGAUACCUACAAUCAUAAACUUAAAGUUAUCGAUGUUGACGCAAGCACCAUUGAAACUUUGGCCAUAAAACAACACAAUGAUGAUACUAAACUGCAACAAUUCAAUGAACCAGCUGGCCUAUGUUUUGACACAACUGGACAAUAUAUGCUUGUCUCCGACACCAAUAAUCAUCAAAUAUUACGUGUUAAUAUGCAAACCCUAAAAGCAGAACCAAUUAAUUUAAACUUCCAAAAGGCCAAUAAUUCAGACGAAACUGUUACCGAUGGUCCUUUGCGUUCUGGCUUAGAAUUACUUAAAAGUCUUCCUCUAAAACGUUGUAAACAAUUAAGUUUACAAGUUUCCAUUUCACUGGAUGAUCAGUUGAAAUUUACUACAGAUGCUCCUCAGAAAUGGUCUCUUAAUAGUGCCAAUACAGCCUUAAAAUCAUUAAAUACUAAAGGUUCUUUAGACGAUGGUAAAUUUGUAUUACAAUUGCAACGUCUGGAUGAGCUUAAUGCUGAUGUGCCAAAGGAAAACAUUAAAUUGGAUUUAUCUUUAAGUCUUUGUGAUGCCAAAAGUUGUCUUCUGAAACGUUUUUCGUUGGUUCUCAACGAUGAUGGGGAUACUGUAACUGGAAAUAGUUUAACUGCUGAAGAGUGUAUUGUUCAGGUUCAUAUUACACCAAAUGGUGUACGACUUUGUUAAGUUCUUAACGAAAAAAAAACAAACAGUAAAGUUGAGAUUAUUAUUGUAUUAUUUUAUUUUGUGUAACACUAACCCUCUUUUUCAUAAUCAAUUUUUAAUUUUAUAAACAACUUCCAUACAAAAUUUGUUUUAUAAACCUUUGAUACAUUUAAAAAUUGAUUAUGAAUAAGGCCUUAAUUGUUUAAUUGGCUUUUUUAUUAUGUUAUAUUUGUACUAAACUACUAACAUAAAGAAAUAAAUUUAAAAAAAAAACAACAAAAAUUUAAGUGUUCUUUAUAAGAUUUACAUCUUACAAUAAAUAAUUGAUAAAAAAUGA